CACAAUUAUCCAGGGGGGAUGGGGGGGUUAUUACCACUUACAGGCCAAAUAGAGAAUAUUAUGCUGUUUUAGUUUCAGACAGUUGUAACUACCAAACGACUGUCUUCACUCAUAAUAACCUGGGUGGAGAUAUAACUGGAAUAUCGUGUGUUUUCCUUGUUUAGUGGCAUCAUUCAGGUCCCAGAAAACUGUGUAAGUGAAGUGAUCAUGCAGCAGUCAGAGAAGGCGACGGUAGAUGUCCAGUUUACGGAUCUACCUAACGCCCUGAUCGCCUGCAGAGUACCGGAGGAUUUAUUCCAUGAAGGCAGCAGGCAGGCCAGCUUCGAGGCCUUGUUCCAUUCGUUCGACCCGGAGGUUCAGUUCCAGUACUUCAAGUCUUUUCGUCGGGUCAGGAUCAGUUUCAGUGACGCUCUGGCUGCAGCUGAGGCCAGACUGAGACUGCAUAAGACUGAUUUCAAUGGCAAAGAGAUGAGACUCUACUUCGCCCAGUCCGUUCACAUAGGGAGUCCUCGGCUGGAGCCUCCUAAACCUGACAAGCAGUUUCUGAUCUCCCCCCCUGCUUCACCUCCAGUGGGCUGGGAACAGUCUCAGGACGCCACGCCAGUCAUCAACUACGACCUGUUGUGUGCCAUCUCCAAACUAGGACCAGGAGAAAAGUACGAGAUCCACACAGCCACUCCCACCACCCCCAGCGUGGUCGUCCACGUGUGUGAGGACGAGCACGGUGACAGCUCGGCCCAGGACGACAGCGACCAAGAUGACAAGCCCCGCCCUUCUCGGCCGAAGAUCAUUCAGACACGGCGCCCCGACUACACGGACGGUGUGAAGCAGUGAACAACGACAGGCGGGGCGUGCAGUUGACAGCUGUAAUAUUUCAUCCUGAAGUGAAUGGUUCAAAAGCAGAGCAUGCUCUCGGAGCUUUAUGAAGAAGGUUUUGGGACUUUGGGGAGGCAACCGCCAGUGCUGCGCUGUCCCGUAGACGAGCAUUUCAUAAGCUGGAGAGAGAAAACAUAGUGUCCAAUGCUGCAUUCAUGUCCCGUGGGAAAGACAGGAAAUAUGAACUUCCUCAUGGAAAUUACUGUUGAGUUUAGUCAUCAGGUGAUACACGCUUGUGAAUUUGAAGUUUUGAGAUGGAACUGAAGGACAUGCUAGUUGUAAAAUAAUGUAUUUUAUUAUGAUGACCAUGGCAGGAGAACAUGUCUGCUGUAUUUGUGGUCUGAAGUUGAUAUUUUGCAAAAACCCAAAUGUACUGUGUGUGUGUGUGUGUGUAUGUGUGUGUGUGUGUGUGUGUGACAUGAAACUGGUAACGGGAAAAUAAAGUCUAUACAAGAUCA